UUAAUAUGGGAUGUUGUCUGACUUGUUGCACGACGCGAGUUCAAUGACAAUUUUGAUUUCUUGCCAUUAAAUUUUCUAACCAAUUUUGAAAAUGCUUUGAUUUGACAUUUUUACGAAAAGAUCACUAAUGUAUUUUUUUAAUAAUGGAUAAUGAAAUUCCACUACCCGAAACAGAUGAAAAUGAGGACGAUCCAAUUAUAGCAGAGAUUCCAAUAAUCCACUCGAAAAAGCUGGAAAAUUGUUUGCAUAUUUUCCAAUUUCCAUUGAAAAGAAAACUAGAUGGCUUAGAUCUAAACAUUAAAAGAUGUUUCUACAAACCUGUUAAUGAAGAAGUUAAACUUGAAAUUGGUUUGGACACCAACUCGCCAAAUUUCGAUGUUGGAAAAGCUGAGAUAAUUGCACAUGAAUCGGAUGGCGGAAAAGGAAAAGAAAAACCGAUAUAUUUUGAAAAUGAAAUUGUUGACAAAGUGUUUUUGCAAUCUAGUAAAUGUAUAAGGAAUCCAGAGAAAUAUGCAGUGGCAGCUUAUAAUGGCAAAGAAAUACACAUUUCUUCAAUUAAAGAUAUUUAUCAAUUUAGACCUGUUUUCCCUUAUUUGGAAAAUGGUUUAAAGAAAAGAAGAGAAGCUGAAGGCAAUCAUGAAUCAGAUGAUGAAGAGGCUGGUCCUAGUAGUGCACAGCAAGUUACUGUGAAAUUUGUACAGAAUGAUGAAAAGUGGAAAAAAUCUUUGGAUAACAACUACAAAGCUUUAAUGGCAAAAAGAGCAGAAGAACCUUGGAAUGAAUGUAUCUGGCAUGAAAAAGAUAGCACAGUUAGCAAUGUUGAAAGACUGAAACUUGUGGCAGAGACCACAGAUGACAUAGGUCAAGCUCAGAGUUUAACAAAAUCUGAGUACAUCAAAUUAUUAGUACCAGAUGAUCAGGAACAGGCUGUAAUGGAACCAACACUCCCCUCUCACAUCAUAUCCCUUCAUUCACUCAGAUCCUUCCCUAUUCAAGAACAGUGCCGAUUAUUGUUAAAAGAUGCUCAGAUUAUUCAGUUCCAACAGUUACACAUGUUAUUGGCUGGUGGUCAGGGUUUAACCGAAGCAUCUUUAUUAAAAAUACUGCCAAAAGUGGCAAAUUUAGUGAGAGGAAAUUGGGUUGUGAAAUCAGAAGUUUUAUAUCCAGAUAAAACAUUCUCUGCAACAAGUGGUGUACCUGCUGAGCUAAUGUGCCGGACCAGGGAUUAUGUGUUGUACCAAUUCACGAACAACCACUACGUCGAACGUAAAAAAGUGUCUUCCAUAAUGAAAAUUCCGGCGGAAGAAGUGAAGGAGAUUUUGACAGGUAUAUCGAAGUUGCGACACAACAAGGGUUGGGAAUUGUCCGUGCCCAGUGACGUGGAUUUUAUAUACCGACACAACGACAUCGUGCAGCGCGAAAACGAAUUUUGGCAAGAACGUUACAAUCAAAUAAUGGAGCUGAUCAAGGAUUCUAACGAGAAGAGACAACGGCGGAAAAGCAAGAGUGUAAGCGAAGAUCCGAAAGUAAGAAAUGGACCGAGCAACAGUGUAAGUUCGGACAAUGACUCUGGGACUGAGCUCAGGUCCCCAGUUUUAGAUAGGAAAAAUAAGACUGUAAAUAUAAAUGAUAGUAAUAUGCAAGAAGUGAUUGUGUGAUUCAAGUAGAUAUGUAGGUCAAUUUAUUUAUUAAUCAACUUCCUAUUCAGUUUAUAUUAUGUGACUAAAUAUUACCAAUUAUGAUAUAAAAUUGAAGGGAAAAGUUUAUUAAUUGAAUCCUUUUUAUUCUCAAUCAAUUUAUAUACUUUUGAUUAAUUUAUUACAGGUGUAUUCGUUUGCAACUUGUGUAUUAAACUGAACUGAUUAAUUUUUAUAUUAAUUAGUUUUAAUGUUUUCAACAAUUUAAAAACAAAAAAUUACACCAUAUAUACAUAAUCAAUUUAUAAUAUAUUUAUUGUAAGCUUUGAGCUUUUUUAUUGUUAUAUACUUUUCACUGAAAUGAAUUUUUGCUACCAAUUUGUUUAUACAUUAAUUAUGCUUAUACACAUUAAUAUUGCAAUUCAACGUUUCCUUUUGUUUAUUCUUCUUGUUAUGUUUUAGAUCACAUUAAAUAAUGAAUUGCUAUUGUUUAUUAAAUUGUACAUAAUUGUUUUCCUAUUGAAAUAUAACUAAGCCGACAUAUUGUUACUUUUUUAAAUAAUUUAAAGAUGAUGUAAAUGGAAUAUAUUUGCAAAAAAUA